UCCUACCACGCAGAACAAACGCUAUAUUCAUCUGCUUGCUUGAGUUUUCCGUUGCUGAAACUCCUUACAGGAGCUCCUGGGUACUUUUCCCCUCCGUUUUAGCCUGUUGAGCACAAUGCCAUUCACGCCACCGGGCGAAAACAUGCGAAGCUCCUGCUCCGUUUUCCCAACAAUGUGGAGAACAUGCAGUAUUUUUUGCGCAUGGACUCUACUGUUCUUGACAGAAGUCUGUGCGCAGUCCCAGCAGAGACCAAUCUUUACAUGUGGCGGAAACAUCACAGGAGAGUCUGGAGUAAUCGGGAGCCAGGGGUACCCAGGAGUUUACCCUCCAAAUACCAAAUGUGUGUGGAGAAUCACAGUCCCGGAGGGCAAGGUGGUGGUACUGUCAUUCCGCUUCAUUGAUCUGGAGAAUGACAACCUGUGUCGCUAUGAUUAUGUGGAUGUCUACAGCGGCCAUGUCAAUGGACAGAGACUGGGUCGCUUCUGUGGGACGUUCAAGCCAGGAGCCCUUGUUUCCACAGGCAACAAGAUGCUCCUGCAGAUGGUAUCCGAUGCCAACACUGCUGGGAGUGGCUUCCUGGCUGUUUUCUCUGCUGCCCAUACACAUGAGCGAGGGGACCAGUACUGUGGAGGCAGGCUGGUUAAGCCCUCUGGGACUUUCAAAACACCCAACUGGCCUGAGAAGGACUACCCAGCUGGAGUGACCUGCUCCUGGCAUAUAGUAGCACCAAAGAACCAGAUUAUUGAGGUGAAGUUCGAGAAGUUCGAUGUGGAACGAGACAACUACUGCCGCUACGACCACGUCUCCAUUUUCAACGGGCCGGAAAUAAACGAUGCGAAGAGGAUUGGCAAAUACUGCGGAGACAGCCCCCCAGCGCCGGUGUUGUCGGAGGGGAAUCAGCUCCUAAUCCAGUUCCUGUCAGAUCUCAGCCUGACUGCCGACGGCUUCAUUGGGCACUACAAAUUCAGACCAAAGAAAUUCCCCACCACAACAGUACUGCCUGCAACUACCACACAGCCAGUCACCACCAGGCCAAUACCUCUGAAGUACUCUGUUGCCCUGUGCCGGCAGAAAUGCAAAAGACAAGGAACGCUUGAGAGCAAUUACUGCUCCAGCAAUUUUGUGAUAACUGGAACUGUUAUUACAGCGGUGAUUAGAGGUGGAAGUAUGCACGCCACCGUCUCUAUUAUCAACGUGUAUAAAGAAGGCAACCUGGCAAUCCAGCAGGCAGGAAAGACAAUGAGCACCAAGAUCGUUAUCCUGUGCAAAAAGUGCCCAGUUAUCAGAAGAGGCUUGAACUACAUCUUCAUGGGCCAGGUGGACGAGGAGGGCCGUGGAAAGAUCGCCCCGCACCACUUUGUUAUGGCGUUUAAGACAAAGAACCAAAAAGGACUCAACGUUUUGAUAAACAAGCAGUGCUGAGUUCCGGUAGCUCUGGUGAUCUUCUGUUAACUGGUCUGCUCAAGGCUCAUCUGUGGAUGGAAAUUAUUACAUGAAAAAACAAAAGCAAUCUCCUUCUCAAGAACACAAACGAAGGAUAUGAAAACAAAUCUGAAUGCGUUUGCGGAGCUGCCGCUGCAAAUCAUGGAAACUACAUGAUUUUAUUCAGUUGAUGGAAACUUUGUGUGUUCAGUCAUUUUCCUGUCCAGUUACGGUAAAAAGAAAGUACAUCCUCUGUCACUUC